CUCACUGCCUUAGUCGUAGCCUCGUCAAUACCACAGAGAUGACACGAGUUCAUCAUUCGAGUGCCGCUUGCAAGUUCAGAAUCAUUGGCAACGAUUUAGCAGGCUCAUCCAAAAUGUCAACUUCCCCCCAUCCGUCGCUCUGGUGCGCCACUUUGAUUGCUCCAUGAGGUCUCGACCCAGGCACUGUGCAAGUGCUGGCAAGUGCUCGUGCCCUGCAUAUAUUAGUGUCAAGUGAAGGGCCAUGCACUUCCAUGCGGCUGACGGUUGAGAACAGGCUGUUCUCGCCAAUUCUCGCCCGAGUAUGCAUCUCCCACCACCACGACCACGACCCCGACCCCGUCCCACACCGCUGGCUUUCUCAGCCGCAGCCACUGCACGCAUGGAUGCACACAUGCAUAGCUCGGCUCUACUCCCAGAUGUCGCCUUCUUCCUAUCAUGCAAAACGCAGAUACUACUACCGUCAAGCCCGUUGAGUGGACAUGGCUACAAACCCCCAAUUUCGCUGGCAGCCGCUUGCGCAUCCGACGAAGAGCAUCCGACUCAUCGAACUCUUGUCGGCCAAGUCCAAGGAUGCUCCUCUUGAACUCAGUCUCUCCACCUGGUCCUUCGACGCGGGUCGCCCCAGCUAUGAGGCCAUCUCGUACACGCGGGGGGACGCACGCGACGAGGAAGAAAUUCUCGUGAGCGGGGAACGCGAGCGACGCUCACAGACACAGACGCUUCGGAUCCGCAAAAACCUCUCUCACUGUCUGAAAAGAUUGCGCCAGCCCUCCGGCUCUCGAUACCUGUGGGUCGACGGCAUCUGCAUCGACCAGAGAAACGACGAGGAAAAAGGCGCGCAGGUGUCCAUCAUGGGCAAGAUCUUCUCGGGCGCCGAGCGCGUCCUCGUCUGGCUCGGCGAAGAAGGCGACGGCAGCAGCGACAGGGUCGUGGCGCGAGCGACCAAGCGACGAUGGUGGGCGUUCGGCGCCAGUUUCUGCAUCCCCAUCUCGGCGCCGCCGCUCAGUGGUAAGCAGCUCUUCCCCGACUACAAGGUCAGCCCGGCCGAGCUGGUCUGCCGCGUCUGCGAACACUACCCGCCCAUGAUCAAGGACGGGGUCGAGAUGCGGGACACGCUGGCCAAGAUCCUCGACGUCGCCGAGGGCGAACUCCAGCAGUGUAUCGCCGCCCGGGGUGGCGUGCGUUUGAAUCGCCCGCUGCAUCGGAGGGUCUACAUUGCCGGCAAGACGGCCAUGAGCAUUACCAAACAUUGCAUACCGCAACCUCAUCCCGGAAACGUUGUAUAACUUGACCUUCUUCUUUCGGCGCAAUUAGCCAGAGCCUGAGGGGGGCUGCUGUGUCGGUUCGAGAUGCGGAAGCCACGUGGGUGUAAAGCGACUCAUUCAAAGAGGCAGAUCCGUCGCCCUCAUUGCACCUGGCUAUCGUCAAGGGGGUUCUUCGACGAUAAUCAGCCCACGUACAUCCCAGCGCGUUGCUCGCUGUAAUUGUAGCAUGACGAACACCCGGUUGUGGCCUCCUUUCUCAGCAACACAAAAAAAAGAUGGUCCCCCUCGCUCGAUAUUCAUGCCGCUCAGCAGCCAGCCUCGAGCAGCCUCGCCUCGACUCGACUCAGCAAGCCAGAAAUAAACUCGCACCAAUCGAGUCCAGUCCAGCCCAGUCCAACCCACCGCCCAAUGGAG